AUGAUGCUCCAGCUUCGCGAGCUUUCUAUGGCUAUUGAUGGAAGGGAUUGGGUCAGAUUCCCUCAUGAACAGCUCCCUAACGCCGGCAACCUUCGCGCUCUGCACAUCAACAAAAUGAACGAUCAGUGGUUCCUAGAUCUUCCAGACCUCCUCGCCCGUAAACUCAUGGAUAUGGUCAGCAUAAUGCCACACCUCUCACUUUCCAAUUUCCAAAUCGCCGAUAACCGCUACGAGAUCGUUGAGGUUGGCUUGGCGGAUUAUCGUGACGAGGCGACGGAGUCUGAUGCUGAGUGUGAUUUCACGCCUAUUAAUUGGGGUUCUCAUGCUUGGAGUGACGACGAGGCUGAUAGUAGUGACAGAGUGGCGGGGAAGAUAAUUAUACUGGUGAAGUUGAUGAGGAGUCGGAUCCAUUCCUUGCAACGGGCUACACGGAUAAUAUUGCUGUGGGGUUCCAAAAAGAGAGGCCUCGGAGGAAAGUCUUCAAGUUGCGGCUGA